CCUUUGUUGGUGCAGGGCGCAGGUUUCCGAGGGUGGAAGGAAGUGACCUCGCUGUUCAGUGACGACGACGAGGAGCACCUGCUGGGAAGAUGCAGAUCUCCCAAGUCCAGGGGAACCAGCUUACGGUUGAAGGAAGAGCUGAAGACGGAGAAGAAGUCUGGGUUUUGGGACAAUCUGGUCUUAAAGCCGAACACACAGUCCAAGAAGCCAGAUGAGAUCGAGGGCUGGGAGCCCCCCAAGCUUGCUCUUGAAGACGUGGCGGCCGAGUCGGGUCCCCUGAGCGACCAGGCACCCCGGCCGGGCUGGGAGUCUGGACUGCGCUCGGCCGGGAGGCUGGUCAGCAUCCGGCGCCAGAGCCGCGGCCACCUGACCGAGAGCUGGGAGGAGCUCGAGUGACGGCUCGGCCGCGUGUCACCCAGAAUCUGCCUAACGCUGCCGCUCUGGCUCCUUCCGCCCAGCCUUGGUUUGCCGUCUCAGGUGUUUUCAAUAGAAUUGUUAGUCUCUCCAGGUCUCACACCCUGGUGAGGAGUUUCCAAACACUGUGACCGCCCGGGUGCCUGCAUGCUCCUGCCCCUGGCGAUGCAGUCUCCGGUGCUGCCCCACGGGUACCCGCUGGCACGCCCCGCCGUUUUCAGCGGUGACUCCCGCGUGGCACCGGGGAGCUGACGGUGACCCCGAACGCAGCCGCCGGGAUGGACACGCGCCAGCCGGGGUGCCGUGAGUCUGGCCAAAGCCGCGUCAGGUCGUGUUUAUCCUGGAAAAUCAAACUUCUUCUCAAAUUAAAAUUCUGUCAACAAAUCAAAUUCUAGAGAAGCGAACGCUGCCUGCCGCCGGCAGAGGCCCCCGUCCACGGUGGGUGCACUCAGUGCUGCGUGUGUUGAGGUUUUAUUUUAACUGCUGGGCUUUUAAACAUCGAUCUGUAUUUUCUUCUACAAACCUGUCGUGCUGUUCUGAUUACAGAUUGCAGGAUGCCCUAAAGUGUGGGUCGAUUUCAGUCACUUGAUAUCGUAAUUUUGCUUGGAAACUGUUAACUUGCUCACUGUAGAAAACUUGCAACUGUAGAAAACACUGGAAGUGCCUCCUUUCUAGAAUGCCCAGCGUUUUGUUUUCAGGGCGAGAUGCUGCGCCUGUGGUGGGACCCUAAGGGCUGCGUCCGGCUGUGGGCGGCGUUUUGUCCAUUUUGUCCUUGGCCCUGUGACCACGGGCCAGGGCCCCGGCCAGCUCUCGCCGUGGGCGGCCCGGUAUCCGGCCGGGGCUGGUGUGAAGGACCAGGCAUCGCUUUUUGUCAUGAACAACGUCUGGCUGCACUGGAUUCUCUCGGGAGGAACAUCCCGGUUGCUCAGGGCUCACGGUGCUGCUCCCUGGAAGGGGGCUGGGUCGCUCCCGGGACCCGCCGCACACCCCACACCUGGAGGGUCAGACGUCUGUCUGUCUGUCGUCUGCCAAGCCUGUCCGUUCACCCAUCUGUGUUUUUCAGUAGAACAAGAAGUUUACUUGGCGGAGCCUGGACACGGAUGUGCUCUACGCGGUGCUGGGGCUGUGGGCCAAGCUCGGGCGAGGUGGGAAAGUAAACCGCACGCUCAUCUGCAAACAUUUAUGCAAAUGCGAUGUUCUUCUGCUGUAUGGGACCCGGUGAAAAGGGCUCUGUGGGUCUUACUAUAGAUAUUUAUUGCUGUGCUUCAGGAGAAAAGUAAUCUACCAAAGCAACUUUUUGUGCAAAUGUUGAGAUUGAUUCGGUUUUGGUUGGGGGGUCGUUUGAAUUCUGUGUAUAGACAACUGUGCGAGGAGCGAGGCGUCUGCUCCUUCUACUGAUGCUUUAGUAUUUUUCAUACAAAAGCGAUGGCUGCAGAGAAGGUCAAAUCCAUCCUUAAUGCUGAGGUUUUAAGAAAUAAAAGUAUCAUUUAUAUUGUC